CACAGCCUCGACACUCCAUCACUCUCCUCCCUUCUUGAAGAGUGCAUUGCAAACAACUGGGACUUUGGCAUGGCAUAUGGCCGCCUCCGCCAGGUAUGGUACACCGACAACUGGAGCACUGUACGAGACAAAUUGCGCAAAUGGGAAGAGGAGGACCGGGAGAUGCGACGAAAUGCACUUGUUGGUAACCAGAUCGUUCAACCAAAUUUGCCACCUCGACGCGUGUGGGAUCUGUACAGCAAUCGAGUGGUUCCAUGGUGGAUUACAAACAAAGUCUGCGCUAACGAAUCGUUCUGGGGGGACAUGCUUGUGUCGAUAUCGCAUGCAUGGGUGGGUGAGAAGGAUCGUGUUAAUGCACAGACACCCAUCAAUGGAUACGAAUGGCCUGUUCCCAUUCCGAAAGACGCCAACCUCAACCUGAUCCGCAUUGAGACGCUCAAUCUUCGAGCGAAGCGCCCUGAUCCGGAGUAUGAUGGGGAGUAUGUGCCGGUUCCAGAGUAUGCAGAGUAUGCAUGGUUGGAUGUUCUUUGUUUGAGACAGGCGGAUGGACCAGGGGAGGGUAUGCGCGCACAAGAGUGGAAGCUGGAUGUGCCCACCAUCGGAGCAGUGUAUCAGGCCUUUGUGGUGUGGUACUUGAGUGGGUUGGGUCGGCCUAUGAGUUUGAAGGAGGGAGACUUGGAGAGUGAUCGGUGUUGGUUUAGACGUGCUUGGACAGUACAGGAGGUUGGAGAUCAGAGGGUGAUUGCUGGGGACACGCCAGAUGGACCACUGCAUGUUGAGCCAGUGGAUGAGGAUGGGAACUAUGAGACUGAGUUACUGACCAGGUUUCAUGAGCAGCUGCAGUCUAUUAUAAAGCCCCAUGGAGUGUUUGAAUCACUGAAGAGCAUGCAGAAUCGGAUGUCGACCAACCCGGUGGACAAAGUCGCGGGACUGGCAUUUCUUCUGCGGUCCAAGAAGAUACCGGCAUACUAUGAGAGCCAGUCUCUCGAGGACGCAUGGACAGCACUCGUCAAUUCGAUGGAUGUGUGGGUUCUGGGGCAGUUGUUCUGCUUGUAUCCUGAACCGGGCAAUGCAGGCACAAAAUGGAGACCAUUGUGGGUCCAGCUUAUGACGAAGCCUCUGCCUGCAGGUGGAUACUCUAACAUCCUUGUUUAUCGGAAUGAGGAGAUGGAUGAAGACUCGUGUUCUGCUCCCUGCAUUGAAAAGGGUUUGGUGCGGGGGUUGGCUCAGGUUGCGGAAGGGAGUGAUCGACGUGGGGAUUUGAUCGUUAAAGACGUGGGUGGGACAGAACAUGCAUUCAACAUCACAGCCACCCACGAGUGUCCGAUACCUGACGACACAUACACACUGAUUUGCAAUCAUGCAUGGGCAUCCACAUAUUGUGUUGUCGGCCAAAGACUGCCAGGGAAAAGGUUUGAGAAAGUAUCGGUGUUGCAAAUUUCCGAUAGAGAUGAACGGAGUCGGUUAGAAGAUCUGCAUAUAACUGAAGAAUGUCGGAACAUUUUUGUUUGA